CCAAGAAAUCUCAAAAAACCGAUGCUCCGAGCCAUCUCAUGAGCGCAUGGGUCUUGUGCUCGUCGCCGAAGCACCUGAGAGGCAGUUCGUGCAUAGUCGCCUCGCGGCUCUCAGCUGGCUUGUAGUGCCGGAGACCAAUCGCGGAAGAUGUUGAAAGCGGACGGGCGCUUGACACAAGGCAUCUUUGCAGAGCGGGGGGAAGGGAGCAGUGCUGCAGGCGCAAAGUCCCAGGAGCAUGCAGCCAACUACACAUCAUUCGACAACCACCAAGAGAUGCCGAGAUCUUAAUGUUCGACUCUCAACCAAGCUUCCUUGGAUUCUCAUUUGACUAGCAGAACUCGAGUUUACGAAGUUAUGGCUCGCUAUGGCAAUAUACCUCGUAUAAAGUACGAAGAGUGCGCCAAGUUUCUAGCGGAAGACGAUAUCACUUCCUGAAGGUAUGCGUUCUUUCUUAUUGAAGACGAAUUUAGGUACAGCCGCCAUCUAGUACGCCUUAUGGACACUAUAUCUAACCAAAGUGUCGCGAAUGGCGAUUUAGAUAUCUCCAACACAAAUGAACGUAGAGAAGAGGCCAAGGUCCUCCAGAACGAGCGCAUAAUCUGGUUCUUGGCGGGUCGUGACGAUCCCUUGUUUCUGUUGCAGCAGCCAACGGAAUCGGUCGAACGCCAACAUGUUGCUAGAAGAUCCGCUAUCAGACAGGUUUUGAAAAAACUGGGAGAUGACAAGAAGUCAUUAGACACAAUACUCAAGGGAUCUCUCAUGAUAGCUACCGGGCGACCAAUGCACAAGGCUUCAAGUUUCAAAACAUUUGACCGCGAUCGACCUGACGAGUCCCGUUGUUCCUACCUGAGUUUGACAGGAUGUUCUUCCACCAGACACCCCAUUUUCUUGUCAUUGUACAAGGAACGCGGUACAUGUGGAGGAUAUCACAGAGCUGAGCCUACGUGCUGA